UGAGAAUGGCGGCUGCUGCGUGUAGGACGCAGAGCACUGUGAACCCAUGCUCAGGCAAACUGAACAGAGAGCAUCUGCGAAAAAGUAAAGAUUCGCGAAGGAGACAAGCUGCUCUUUUAUUUCUCACUAAUAUAUCCCUGGAUGGACGACCAGUGCGAAAUAAUGUGGUGCGCGGUGAUGCCGAGUUCCAGUGUGCUGACAUCGGCGCGGCUGUGAGAGAACUGUCCGCUGCGGCGAGCAGCGAUGGGACCUUUAACAGUCUCUCUGUGCCUAGACUCGAGCUGCUCAACGUCCCACCCAUUCUGGUUCUCCCGUCGGAUUCUGGGUUCGGUAACGUUGGGAGAACCGAGGUGUUACUGGAGAGGGAAAGCUCGUUCUCCUCGCAGGGGAAUCUCCUCUCCCCGAGCAGUCUGCAGCCCACUCCGCUGGGACCGCGGAAGUCACCGACGCUGCUGUCCGUGCAGAGCUGCGGCUCUUCGCUGGAUUCUCGACCACGGAGUCGGAAUCCAUCUGGCUCUCCUCGUCCACGCUCCAUGAAGAAGAUACACUUUAUUAAGAACAUGAGGCAGUACGACACCAGGGGCAGCAGGAUUGUGUUAAUCUGCGCCAAAAGGUCUUUGUGUGCUGCCUUCUCUGUGCUGCCAUAUGGAGAGAGCUUCCACAUCAGUGACCCUCGUUUGGAUGCUCAACGGCGGAGGCACUCCUCCGGCGGAAUAUCCAACACUCUAGAGAUGCCUCCUGGGCUGGAGGGGGUAGAGCUGGGCAUCUACGGCAGGACGGUGUCGUACGCCAAGUUCUUGUACCCCACUAACGCUCUGGACCGCCACAAGCCCUCAGUGGACCUCGCUCUACCAAUGCCCUAUUCCAGAAACAGCAUCCCUCACAGUUACCCACCUUCUCAUCUCAACAGCACUGUGGGACUGGAUCUGGGCAUAGAAGACAUUGACUAUGACCCUAACCUGCUCAGUGACCCCCAGUGGCCAUGUGGAAAACACAAAAGAGUUCUCAUCUUUGCCUCAUACAUGACAACAGUAAUAGAGUAUGUCAAGCCAUCAGAUCUAAAGAAGGACAUGAAUGAGACUUUUAAGGAAAAAUUCCCCCACAUCAAGCUCACAUUGAGCAAAAUCAGAAGUUUGAAAAGAGAAAUCCGCUCAGUGGGAGAGGAGUCCGGUUUGCAACCAGUCACCAUAGCGAUGGCAUUUGUUUACUUUGAGAAGCUGGUCCUCCAGGGGCGUUUGAACAAGCAGAACAGGAAGCUGGUGACGACUGCAUGCCUCCUGCUCGCCGCCAAGAUCAGCAGUGACCUGAAGAAACAAGAGGUCAAACAGCUGAUUGACAAAUUAGAGGAGAGGUUCCGGAUCAGUCGGCGGGAGUUGAUUGCUGUUGAGUUCACUGUCCUGGUAGCACUCGAGAUGGCACUUUACCUACCGGAGAGCAAAGUCAUGCCACACUAUCGCAGACUGGUACAGCAGACCUGACAUUUCCCGUCCAGCUGUGGGCAGACUGGAGAGUUUGGGUGGUUGUGAACAUGCAGUAAAGAAGAGGAUGUUCAUGCAGAUAAGAUGUGGCUGAGAGGCAGGGACUCAGCAUUCCCAUCAUUGUGGUUUCAGGUGUCAGAGCAAAUACACAUCAACAUGAAGCUUCGAGGAAGAUCUGAUGUCCAAAUGAUGCUUUUUAUAGCAACCGCACCAGCAGUGUUUGUUUUCAUGACUGUCUGUUUUAGUGACCAUCAUGGGAAUACUGUUUAGGAAAAGAUCUAGAAGAAUCUUUUUAGAUUCAAAAGAGGAGGGUUUUAUUAAAGCAGCAAGCUUUAAGAGGUUUUGCGUUAUGUUUAAGGACACCCUUUCCCCGUGGUAAAAUCAUUGUAAUGCACAGACUUGAGUGAUUUAUUGCUUUCAAAAAAUAGUUUUAUGAUUAAAGACACCAAUAUUCAAUCAUUAAUCUAUUAAUAAAAAUAGUUUAAUAAGUCAAUAAAUGCAUUUAAUAUUAAUAAUUAUCAGAAUUAACACAGUAGUUCAGCCUAACUGUAGGCUGUUUGCGUGCCAAGCAAGGUAGCAACUUGGUGCAUUAAUACAGUGUGGCUUAGAACCAAUCAAAAUUUAGAGUCGGAACGAUUUGUUUUAUAGUUUAAUUAAAAAACUAUCAAUCGACACCUUGUUUACUUGCUUGAAGCAUAGAAGUGUGCAUGCAUGUUUUUUAUCAUUCCGUAUUUAUUUAGCAAAAAUAACUUUUAUUUAAUAUGGAUCUCUCCUUUUGUACAAUUUUAGAACAAUCUGAUAUUCACUGUAACACUAAAGCACUUUUUUAAACGAUAUGUCAUAUAAUCAUAUAAUCAUUGGCACAGAUUAUGUCAUGUAAAUAUGGACUUACUUUUGUUGCAUUAUUGAGUGACUAAACCUACCUUAGCAUUCAAAACUAAUCAGUUUAUCGUCUUUGACGGCCUUAUUGCGGAGCUCCGCUGCACUUUACUGGGAAGAGUGCUCUAUAUUAGAGCUGAUUUCAGGAAAAGCACAUUUAGAGUGCUGCCAUGUUGUUCUUUCAAAUUUUUUGUUAAAUUGGAAAGGCCACACAGUUAUUGUUUUAAUCAUGUCAUUCUAAACCCAUAUGCUGUUGUGUUUCAGUGGAACAGUAAAGGAGAAUUUUUGAAGAAUCUUCAAAUGGAAGUUCAUAAUGACCACGUAUGUAAAGCUCCAAAAAGAACAAAAAUAUCCCAUAAUAUUCCAUAAAAGUUGUCCAUAUGACUCAUGCACUGUAUUCCAAGUCUAAUACCAAAAUUUAAGCUGUUAUUUCCUGAAAAUCUUCCCCUCCACUGCAGCUUUCAAAUUGCACUCUUCCUUCAGCAUUUAAGACUGAAUUGCUUCAGAAGACUUUAAAUAUACCGCAUGAGUCAUAUUAAUAAUUGUAGGGUGCUUGAAUUGUGUUUUUUGUCCUCUCUGAAGCUUAUUGCCAUAAACUGCCAUUGUACAGAAAAGAGUCGCAUGAAUAUUCUUUAAAAAAUCUACUGUGGAGAAUGAGGUCAUAAGGGUUUGAAAUGACAUAAAGGUGAUUAAAAACAAAGAACCAUUCCUUUAAUACAUCAUUGUGAUAAUAUAUUUAUAAUAAAUAGGCAAAAGUUUGUGUAGUUCCAUUCAUUCAAUAGGAUUUUUAUAUUUUAUAUUUGGACUUCAAAUUCGCUGUUUAUUUAUUUACUUCUGUGAAAUAUUGUAUUCAGCAUCUAACCUUUUAUCAAAAACAAUAAACAUGACAAUCCAGUGAACCAUAUCAGGAGAUUCAUCUAAAAAGACAGUGUUAUCCGUAAAAAUAUCUUUUGUUGUGUCGAAAUUAAACAGGUUUUCUACUAUUUCCCUUCUUUCUGCCCCUAAAAUCUAUGCAAUACUUUAGACAAUAUAUAUAUAUAUAUAUAU